AUGGGUUUGAACAUUAUGAAACUAGUAAUAAUGUUUAUAGUAACGAAGAAGUUUUUGAAGAAUCUAAUUCCGUAGUUCAACAAAAUCAAGCACCCUUUGUGACAUUUGAUGAGAAUCAAGAAUAUAACGA